AGAAUAAGAAGGGAGAAGAGGAGAAGACGGAAGCUCUCUUUACAAGAACAAUAAUAUCAGAAGGCACUGUGACUGACAACUGAGCGUUCAUGCUCUUUGGGACUUUGAAUAAUUAACUAUUUAUUUAAAUGUACGUCGUAGUUUAAAUAUCACCUCCCACUUUUGACAGUUGGUCAGCAAAAUCUUGCCUUUUGUUUUCCAUUUCCAUUACGUCAGGUAUUUUCAUUUUUCUUCUCCUACGACGUUUCUUCUUUGCCUUUUUUUCUUCUUGCACUGGUGAUUGUCGCCGGUGAAGCGUGCUGCUUCUACCGCUCCAGAAGCCUUAGAGCAACUUGCCUCUAUUUUCUCAUUCUAUAUUUUGCCCGUUCAUCGUUUUGGGUGCUUUAGGGGUGAGGGGAAGGUGAUAAGUCACUGCUAUGAUUAUUACUUUAGCCACCCAUAUUCUCAUCUGUUGUUUUUUUUUUUGCAUUUGAUGGGGAUGUCAGAUGGAGUAUAGUUCUGAAGAGAAGCCUAUGUCUGUAACUGUAACUGGGAUGCUUGAAGAGAAAGACAAGCUGCACAAAGAUUUUGUUGAAGAAACAAGGAAGACGCUGGAAUUUACUCGUGGACGUGUUCAGAGGAUCUUGGAAGAAAAGGAAAAACUGAAUUAUGGAUUGGAUGCUACUAAAAAGCAUCUUGAUUACUUGAGCAAAGAAUUGAACAAACGUGAAGCUCUAACAGAAGGGGAAAAGCAAAAGCUUAACGAGGUGAUCAAAAAGAAUGAUAGUAGGAACAAUUCACUUCAGUUGGCAUCCAUGGACCAGAGAAGGGAUGAUGAGAAUGUCGCAAGACUUGUUGAAGAGCAAAAGAGAGAGAAAGAAGAGGCCUUCAAAAAGUUACUUCAGUUGGAAAAGCAGCAGGAUGCUAACCAGAAGUUGGAAAUGGAAAUUGAAGAGCUAAAAGGGAAGUUACAGGUGAUGAAGAGCGUUGUUGAAGAUGAUUUUGCCAUUCAUGAUAAGAUGAAAAAGAUGAAUAAAGAUUUGAUGGAGACAGUUGAAAACCUCAAUGUUUUGGAGGAUCUGUACGAAGUUCUAAAGAUAAAAGAGCGCCUGAACAAUAACGAGCUUCAAGAAGCUCGUAGAGAGCUCAUAUCAGGUUAUAGCAAGGUGCUGGGGACACACAUUACUGACAUUGGAAUAAAAAGACUGGGAGUAAUUGAUUCAAAGCCGUUUCAGAACAAGUGCAAGGAGAGAUUUUCUCCUGAAGAAGCAAUGGUGCAGGCAGCCAUAGUUUGCUCUCUGUGGCAGGAAAAUUUGCAGGAUCCGAAUUGGCAUCCAUAUAAAAUUAUAAUUAGUGAAGAACUUCCUCAGGAAGUGAUAGAUGACGAAGAUGAAAAGCUAUGGAAUCUCAAGGAGGAAUGGGGAUCUGAAAUAUACAUGACAGUUGUAACUGCUUUGAAGGAACUGAAUGAGUAUAAUCCAAGUGGGAGAUAUGUGUUUUCUGAGCUCUGGAACUACAAGGAAGGAAGAAAAGCUACACUGAAGGAGGUGAUCAGUUACGUUUUGAAAAAUAUCAAGUUGCUAAAGCGCAAGAGGACUUGAAGGUGCUGCAGAAAGAGAAACAUCAGUUUGAAGAGGAGCAGAGUGAUCUUUGAAGUGUAGUAUCAGGACCUUAAUCCCUUGGAGCUCUCUCUAUUUUAUGCUGCUAGAUAGCUUCAUGUUAUUAUGGUUAUAAAGUUAGUUUUUUUUGGUAUGUCAUGGAGAUGAAGUGAGUUAUAAACCUUGUUAGUUCUGGUGUCAACUCUAUCAGUCUAUCUCAUGUCAACUUUAAACCUUUUAUUGGGAAAAUUUCUUAGCGACAA